AUGAGCGCGACCUUGACGAGGCAAUGUCCCCACGUCGCUUGCAGCUUCACUGAGGCCACCGGCAAUGUCUCACGGCUGAUCGACCACAUCAAGGUCACACACGACCUCACCGAAAUCCCAUCCCUUCUGGCCUUGGUGCAAGUUGUCAACGUUGGUAGUGGUUCUGGUCCUCACCGCUGCGAGAAGUGCAACAAGACGUGCAGGUCUGUUCGACACCUCAAGGAUCACAUUCGAAAGUCAAAGGCGCAUGAAGACGAGUACAAGACGAGGGACACGUUUGUUUGCGUGAACUGUGACUGUGGCGGGUUUCCGAGCUGCGCACAGCUUGUGGCACAUAUCCAAAGCAACCAUCCUUCAUACCAUGAAACGGUGGUGGAUAUGCGCCAUUUCAGAACCCUGAACGCCUUCGCGGCGUGGCUGCUCGAUGAACAGGAGACGACAUAUGCGUCCUACACGAAUGAGCCAUGGACUGAUCUCAAGCGGAGGACACCAACAACCUGGGGUGCGCUGCAUUGUUGUUUUAGGGUGCUGUGA